CGUGACGUCGUAAAGGAAGUGGCGCGAAAGCGGGCUCCUGGGGUUUCUUUUUGGAAUAUCAUCCUAUUACUUAACACAGGAUGACCAGUGAGCAACGGAAGCUGCCACAGUGGAUGUCUGCCAAAGACAGAGAAAGCACAAGUGAUGGUACAAAGGCUUUCUUUAAGAAGAAUAUCUUGGAAGAUGACCUCCCGUUCUUUGAGUUUAAUGGUGCAAUAGUCUAUAGCUAUGAAUCAAAUGACUGCUCCCUGUUGUCAGAGCUUAUCAGAUCUGAGCUGUCCGAACAGGCCGUACUUGGUUUUGACAUUGAAUGGCCUGCUAUAUAUACGAAGGGAAAAAAUGGCAAAGUGGCCCUUGUUCAGGUGUGCGUGUCAGAAAGAAAAUGCUACUUGUUUCAUGUUUCCGCAAUGGCAGGCUUCCCAAAAGGGCUGAAAAGACUGCUGGAAGAUACAUCAAUAAGUAAAGUUGGAGUAGGAAUCGAAGGCGAUCAGUGGAAGUUAAUGAGUGAUUGUGACCUAAAACUGAAGGGAUUCAUUGAACUUACAGACUUGGCCAAUGAAAAGCUUAAAUGCAAAGAAAAGUGGAGUCUCAAUGGCUUGGUGAAGCACCUGUUCAAAAAACAACUACUGAAGGACAAAUCUGUACGCUGCAGCAGAUGGGAUGCGUAUCCUCUCACUGAGGAGCAGAGACUAUAUGCUGCCUCUGAUGCUUAUGCUGGACUUCAAAUAUACGAGAAAUUAGAAAGGAUGGAUGACCAAGAGAAGGCAGCUCUUUGUAUACUCAAAGGGACUAAUGUUGAGCCCAUGGAAGUUAAACAGCAGCUGAGAAGUCUGUCGCAGCAAUUUCUUGAUCUGGUAGACAAGGUCCCAAGCAGUUUUGGAAACUGUAAAGAUGCUCAAAGAGGUAUGGAUUUUCUGGGUGAUCUUUCGGAGAGAGUCGAUGAACUAAGAAACAUAAUGCUGGAUUCCUCCAGAGAAGAAAACAGUCCAUUAGAAGACUGCAUCCAAAAGGAAGAGGCUGUUGUGGAACAUGCCGUGACUGAGUUUAUUGAAACUGAUGAAGAAAUGGACCCAUCCUUUGUAAUUGAUAGUGACCAAGAGCUGGAAAAUGAGAUGCUUGAGACCUUAGAUAUGCUGGACAAGAGUGAGGAAAUAAUCGAGGAUGAUAUAAAGUAUCUGCAGGAAGAUCAGACAUUUGACAAAGAAGUGAUCAACGCUUUAGAUGAUGACGACGAUGAAGGCAUUGAAGAGGAGGAUGAAGAUGAUUGGGAUCAGUCUGUGCCUGAACCAACUCUGGACCAAAUUUCGUGCUUAAAGACUUAUUUUGGCCAUUCAAGUUUUAAGCCAGUUCAGUGGAAAGUCAUUCAUUCCGUUUUAAAAGAAAGAAGAGGCAACCUUGUAGUCAUGGCAACUGGCUAUGGAAACAGUUUGUGUUACCAGUUUGCCCCUGUUUAUACUUGUGGCAUUGGCAUUGUGAUUUGUCCCCUUAUUUCUCUGAUGGAAGACCAGGUGUUGCAGCUUGAGAUGUCAAACAUUCGUUCUUGUUUUGUUGGGUCUGCACAGUCGAAAAAUGUUAUGCAUGACAUCAAGGCAGGCAAGUUUAAAGUCAUUUAUAUGACUCCCGAGUUCUGCUCCAGUGGAUUGUCCCUUCUUGAGGAUCUGAUAUAUUUCAAAUAUGGUAUCACAUUGAUCGCAAUAGAUGAAGCGCACUGCAUUUCUGAAUGGGGCCAUGAUUUCAGAAGUGCAUAUCGAAAUUUGGGAUCUCUUAAAAGAACACUGCCCUCGGUGCCCAUUGUAGCUUUGACAGCAACGGCAAGCCCCUCAAUCCGUGAUGACAUAACGAGGUCCCUCAAUUUGCGCAAUCCACAGAUAACCUGCACUAGUUUUGAUCGGCCAAACCUAUACCUUGAUGUAGGACGUAAAACCUCUAAUAUCAGCAAGGAUCUGCAACAAUUUAUUGUUAAAAAAAAAAAAAGGGUCUGGCUGGGAGUUUGA